UCGAAGUUGCAACUUUCAACUGAUAAGAGUUCCCGUUCCUUGCUCCCUUUAAAUUUGGAGCUCGGUGGUUCAUCGGAGCAUACUUUCGACGGGUCAACUCAGUGAGCAAGUUCAGAGAGCGGGUUCAAGAAUGGCGAUCGAGGCUUGGUUUAUGGAUGAUAGCAAUGAAGACCAGAGGCUUCCUCAUCACCGCAACCCUAAAGAGUUCGUCUCCAUGGACCAAUUGGCAGAAUUAGGAGUGUUGCACUGGAAAUUGAACCCUAAGGUAUAUGAAUACGACGAGGAAUUGAAGAAAAUCAGAGAUGACAGGGGAUACAAUUACGUGGAUUUACUUGAUAUAUGUCCAGAGAAACUUUCCAAUUAUGAAGCGAAGUUGAAGGAUUUCUUCACAGAGCACAUUCACGCCGAUGAGGAAAUUCGCUACUGCUUGGAUGGAAGUGGUUACUUCGACGUCCGGGACAAGAACGACCGUUGGAUUCGAAUCUGGAUUAAGCCCGGCGAUCUUAUCAUCUUGCCGGCCGGUAUCUACCAUCGUUUUACCCUGGACACCAAUAAUUAUACAAAGUUAAUGAGGCUGUUCCAAGGAGAGCCAAUUUGGACACCGUUUAACCGACCACAAGAGCAGCAUCCAGCAAGGAAAGAGUACCUCAAGACCUUCACUGAGAAAGCUGGAGUGGCACUCGAGGCUCAUUAAGGGCUUAAAGUAUUCUUCUGUACUAUGGCAUUUAAUACAAAGCUAUACGGUUAAGCUCAGGUUGUGUAUUUCUGGGCAUGUCUUAGAUUAACUACUGUAUGAACUUGGCAACUGCUAUUGAAACUUAGUUUAAUAAAUGUCUGAGCUUUAUAGUUAUGAA